UCAUAUUCGUUCUCUAACACCAACACAAAGUGUGAGCUUCUUAGGCAUAAAUAGAGUGAAAAGUCUAAUGUUUUCUCUACAUGAUGGAACCCUGUGCUCUAAAAAGAGGGAUCAGACGAAAGUCUAUGAAGAUUCUUUUCAUGGUACUUUCAAACGGAGCAAACAAGGAGAACAAACACAAAUCAAACUUGAGAAGAACACUACUCUGUUCUACCAAAUAUCAAAGUCGGAGAGCGCCAGGUUGAUAAAGCCUGAUUUUCGGCUUCACCUAGACACUAAGGCAGAGUCAGACACAUUUCAAGAUCAUAGGACAUGCCUGGACCUUGAGCUGAACCUUUCUUCCUCAUCAAGUUCAACUGUAAAAACAAUCUUGAAGAAAGACGAAUGUUCAAAAGAAGAAAGUUUGAUCAUGACCCCAAGUAAGAAGGGAAAGUCAGGUGAUAUAGGGUUAAGUCGAUCCCCGUCUUGGCUAGCGUUUGAAGGUGAUGAUGACGAUUCUCAGAAGAAGCAAGAAAUGGUUACAACAGUGUGCAUGAAGUGUCACAUGCUGGUUAUGCUCUCUAAACCAACUCUUGUGUGUCCCAACUGCAAGUUCAUGCACCCUGAUGAUCACAGCUCAACAAAACAGUUCAAGCCUUUGAGCUUGUUUAAGCUUUUAUGCUAGGCUUUGUUUAUUUCAGGACAUGUUGGUUCGAGUUAUUGAGUCCAAG